AUGACCAACAGCAGCUCCAUCAGCCACUUCCUCCUGCUGGCAUUGGCAGACACGCGGCAGCUGCAGCUCCUGCACUUCUGCCUCUUGCUGGGCAUCUCCCUGGCUGCCCUCCUGGCCAACGGCCUCAUCAUCAGCGCCGUAGCCUGCGGCCACCACCUGCACACGCCCAUGUUCUUCUUCCUGCUCAACCUGGCCCUCAGCGACCUGGGCUCCAUCUGCACCACUGUCCCCAAAGCCAUGCACAAUUCCCUCUGGGACACCACCACCAUCUCCUACACAGGAUGUCCUGCUCAGCUCUUUUUCUUUGGAUAUUUCACUUCAGCAGAGUUUUCCCUCCUGACCAUCAUGUGCUACGACCACUACGUGUCCAUCUGCAAACCCCUGCACUACGGGACCCUCCUGGGAAGCAGAGCUUGUGCCCACAUGGCAGCAGCUGCCUGGGCCAGUGCCUUUCUCACUGCUCUCAUGCACACAGCCAAUACAUUUUCCCUGCCCCUGUGCCAUGGCAAUGUCCUGGGCCAGUUCUUCUGUGAAAUCCCACAGAUCCUCAAGCUCUCCUGCUCCAUAUCUUACCUCAGGGGACUUGGACUUCUUGUGUUUUCCAUAUGUUUAGCACUUGGUUGUUUUGUGUUCAUUGUUUUCUCCUAUGUGCAGAUCUUCAGAGCUGUGCUGAGGAUCCCCUCUAAGCAGGGACGGCACAAAGCCUUUUCCACCUGCCUCCCUCACCUGGCCGUGGUCUCUCUGUUUAUCAGCACUGCUCUAUUUUCCUACCUGAAGCCCCCUUCCAUCUCCUCCCCAUCCCUGGAUCUGGCCCUUUCAGUUCUAUACUCGGUGGUGCCUCCAGCUCUGAAUCCCCUCAUCUACAGCCUGAGGAACCAGGAGCUCAAGGCUGCAGUGUGGAGACUGACGACUGGAUGCUUUCAGGGACAUUAAACUGCUGGCCAAUUUCAUCAAAUCAAUUGUAAUAAAAGUAAUUUUUAAUACUU